ACCAACGCCAGCAGUCGGUGGCGAGCUAGCUACAAAGUCCAGCUGGUGGAACCAUUUUAACAACUUGAGAAAACGUAGGGUUUCUAGUUCACGAAUGGGUUUGUGACAUAUUUGUUUCUCAUAUUUUUAAAGUUGAGAAGAACAACCCCUAAUGGCAAACGUAACAAAUAUUCCUACGGUUCAAAGGGAGGGUGCGGGGCUCGUGAUGCACACCGGUGGAUGCCAUUGUGGGGCUGUCCGUUUCGAAGUGUGGGGUUCCCCUGAUCUACACGUCUUUAACUGCAACUGCAGUAUUUGCACUAAGAAACAGAACCUCCAUUUCAUAGUACCAAAAAGCCAAUUCAAACUUUUACAGGGGUCCAAGAAUUUAACCACGUACACAUUCAAUACGCACACUGCCAAGCACACCUUUUGCAAAACUUGUGGAGUUCAGAGCUUCUACACCCCACGAUCAAAUCCUGAUGGAUACGGUGUAGCACCGCACUGCCUGGACCCCGGCACUGUGCGCAGUGUGAAGGUCGAGGAUUUCUGUGGAGAGAACUGGGAGGAGAGUAUGGAGAAGCAUCAGACCAUCAGGAGCAUGUCCAAAAAUGUGGCUGAGUGACACGCAC